UACCAAUCCCUCUUGAAACACAGGGAAAAUAUAUUGUUCAGCUUACCACAGUGGAUGUAAAAGAACCUCACUUUGAAAUGUUGGAAAAUUGUUAUGGAAAAACCAUUGUUAACAACUCUUAUCCUCCAUCAGACGAUCCUAAUAUUGUUAGAGAUGAUAGUUUUGGAACGUUCAUUUGUUAUAUUGCAUGGUUUGGCUCCUACGAUGCUAAUGCAAUAUCUAAACGAUCUGAUGUACAAAGUGUCGAAUCCGAUUCAUCAUCAUCUACCGCUGAUAAACUCUAA